CGUAUUUAUGGUCUAUAAGUGAUCUUCUUGAGUUUGGUUCAUGUCUGUUUCUACAGAAAAAAGAAAGAAAGAAAGAAAGAAAUGAGAGUGAAAAAAAUAAGACACAUGAAAUGAAUGCAAGAAAGUUAAAAUAGGCUUUUUUUUUUGAAUACUUACACUGUAGGUGCGUCAUGGCCUUUUUAUAUUGAAAAAGUGAUUUUGAUCGCGUCAAGUCUAUAGACAGCUUAAAUUCACAUGCUUUUUUCUCAGGCAAUAAUUUAACGCUCAGUCUUAACAAGACUCUAAGAACAAGACUCAAAUUCAAGAUGAUGAUUCCGAUUUCGAUGACUUGUUAGAUGACGUUUUGGACGAUAUGUCUAAUACCACACUUGAGCAAAAAAAGCCCGUGGAGACAAAAACCAAGACGACAGAUCAAGAUCCACCCGAACAAGACCUCGAUGAGCUCUUGGGUAGUGAUGAAUUCGCAAAGCAAUUAGCUGCGGGUAUGGAACAAUUGAUGGGUCAGAUGAAUACUGAUGAGAAUGAUGAGAUGAAGCAAGCAUUUGAGAAAGUAUGGGCUUCUCUUGACAAGAACACAGAAGAAGAAGUAAAGAAAGUACCCAAGACUCCUCAAUCCUUUCAAGAUACGAUUGGUAAAACCAUGAACAAAUUGAAAGAUAGUUCAAAAGAGAUUGAUACUUCCAUGGCUGAGGAAUCAGAGGAUGCUUUUAUGGCAGAGCUCAUGAAGCAAAUGGAAACAUUGGCUGAUAAUGGAGAAUUUGAAGGUGUUUUAGAAGGCAUGAUGAGCCAAUUGAUGUCGAAAGAAUUACUGUAUGAACCCAUGAAGGAUUUGGCUCAAAAGUACCCUACUUGGUUAGAAGAACACAAAGACGCAGCAGAGUAUGAUAAAUACAAGCAACAACUUACCAUUUGUCAACAAAUUGUGGCAAAGUAUGAAUCUCCCGAGUUUGAUGAAAAGAAUGAGACACAAGGUAAAGAAAUCAUGGAUUUAAUGACAAAGAUGCAAGAUUUGGGUCAACCUCCCGCUGAACUUUUGGAUGAAAUGGCUCCUGGUAUGAAUUUGGGUAAUCCUGAAGGUAUGCCUGACAUGAAGGAUAUGGAAAACUGUACAAUAAUGUAGAAUAAUAAAGUCAAUCUCUGAUUACCUAAUAAAAAAUGAUGGCUUAAGCCAUUUGAGUAUCAUCAAGUUUCGAUUAUAUGUGCCUAGAACAGAUUGUUUUUUUUUUCAGGUGUACAACAUGAGUAGAGCUAAAGGUGAUUAAGG